AUGCAGCUUUUUGUAGUAAACGAGGCUCUUAUAGCUUACACAGUACUUGGUGGCUUUAUUGUAAUCUUUGGUUUGGUGUCACUAAUUGUGAGGGAAAAACUAUAUCUCAGUGAAGCCUGCCCUGCUUGCUUAAAUCUUAUUGAUCCUACUCGAUGGGAAUAUCAAGAAGCUAUAACAGAAGAAUUAACGCGUAUCGUGCUCGCUAUUCAAGUAAUGGCUGCAGCCGUAAAUCUGCCAAGAACAUAUGUCACGCGACACGCUACUUCAAUGUUCAUCAUGCUUGUCCCUGUUAUGACCUUUAUGUGGGUCGUGAGUGCACUUAUAAUAUACAUUGUCAUUCCUGAUGCGGGAUUUACCGAAACCCUAUUGAUUGCAUCUUGCAUCACGCCUACUGAUCCUGCACCAAAUAAUCCCAUUUCGGCUUUUAAUAAAUGGGUCUGCUAUACUUGGGGGUAUCAUAUAAUGCUCUCUGUUUUCCUUGGUUUUGUGAUCGGAUGGUUAGCAAGAAAACUGUUGCGUAUGGCAGAAAGCAAUGAUUGGAUCGAUAAAGAGUCAUUCUUGUCAUUUUCUUUUGCCCUCGCGAUUUUUGUAGUCGGAUUUGUCAGUCUUUUAGGUUCUGAUGCUUUUCUGGCUUGUUUCGUGGCUGGAACUUCAUUCACCUGGGAUGACUGGUUUCGCGAAGAGACGAGAGAUGCACAUCUACAAGGUGUAAUUGAUUUGUUACUCAAUCUUACGACAUUUAUAUACAUUGGCACAAUAUUUCCCUGGUCAUCUUUUUACGAUGAUGCAUUGUCAUUGAGAAAGUUGAUCCCAAUUAGUAUCCUCAUCUUAAUUUUUCGUCGUCUACCUAUCGUUGUUGGAUUGAAGAAAUUUAUUCCAGCAAUACAUACGUUCAAGGAAGCUUUGUUUGCUGGUUACUUUGGUCCAAUAGGAGUUGGUGCGAUUUUCCUAGCAGUUACUGUUGAAAGAGAGAUCGACAAAACUUUAUGGGAAUAUCCGGAACUUCCAGAAAUCAUCGACAAAAAUGGCUUAAUGCGUACAAAGGAACGCGUUUUCCCGAUCGUUGCAUUCAUUGUGCUAAGCUCAGUGAUAGUUCACGGUAUCACCGUGCCAAUACUAAACAUUGGUUCGCGAAUUGACAUUGAACGAUUUCCCAGUAUUGCAAGUAUCAGCAAUCAAGUUGCAAGAUUGCCCGUAAUUGAUUUCGUAGAGAAUUUAACCUUGGAACGGGAUGCUCAAGGUAGUGAGGUAGAGGGAAGUGAUCAUGUCGUAACAGGUGUGCUAGUAGAAUUUGAUGAUUUCGUAUCUGAAGGUUGUAGCAAAGGUGAUACGCAAAGUUCGUCUUCGUCGUCACCAGACUCUGUUGUCAGUGAAGGAGGUUCGAAUUACGCUUCACGUCCCAAUUAUCAUCACGUUACUUUGAAUAAUUUGGAUUAA